AUGGCGGGCGGGCGCGAUGAUCCUCCAUGGGCCACAUUCUUGACCUGUUGUUUAAGUCAUUUGGCGCUAUUUCCUACCAUGAAAUUUCUUCAUCGACAAAACAUGCUCUACGAGUUUUCUCUCUCUUGUUUUGCUGCCUUGGUAUCAUUUAUGUAUCAUACAUCGGAGUGCUUUCAUAGACGAUUAUUUCUCUCAACUUUGCAAUGGCAUCGAUUAGACAACAUUGGUGCUAUUUCCUCGAUUACCAUUACAUGUCUUCACCUUUCGUGUUUUGAAUCAGAGACGGUAAUGGAUAAUCUUAAAUUUGUUUUUUUCUUUGCGACUUUAAUUCUCCAGGAAUUUGAUCCGUGGAAUGUUACCUACACGGUACUGCCUGUUUUUUUGGGCGCUCUCAUGGUACUUAUGUCGCAUUUUUUGAAACCUAGAAGGCGAAAAUGCAUAAUACGUAAAAAAUUCCUUGCCGGUUUAACAUCAUGUUGCUUUGGUGCAGUGUUUUUUAGCUGGGGGCUGGACAAUCGUAACGAUCCCUUUCGCAUUUGGCAUGGUUUAUUUCAUGUUUGCAUGGGGUUAGGCUUCUAUCAAUUUUUUAUCUCCAUAAGGCGACGUGGAAAGGCCUUGCAUAGUGAAGAUACAAACACUGUGUCUGUGAACAUUGACGUUUAA